UGGGAAUAGAGCUCCUCACAGAGGUAUUAUCUAUAAGUUUUGCUAAUUAUUAAUAGGAUAUUAUUUCAAGAUGAAAGAGAUCAUCGAGGUUAUAGCACUUUUCCUAGGUUUUGCAGGAUGGAUAAUGAUUUUCAUAUCACUAUAUGACCAGUAUUGGAAAGAAUCCACCACAGACGGCAGCGUAAUUACAACCUCCACACUCUAUGAGAACCUCUGGAUGUCUUGUGCAAGUGAUUCAACAGGGAUUUAUAACUGUCGUGACUUUCCAUCCCUUUUUGCUCUCCCAGGGUACAUUCAGGCCUCCCGGGCACUCAUGAUCGCUGCCAUUGUGUUUGGGACGUUCGGGCUCGUGGCUACUCUUGCUGGAAUGAAGUGCUCAAAAAUAGGAGGAGAAAACUACAUCCUGAAGGGAAGGAUCGCUGCGAUUGGAGGAGUGUUCUUUUUACUGCAGGGGAUUUCCACCAUGAUUGCUAUAUCUUGGUAUGCAGCCAACAUCACACAGCAGUUCUUUGACCAGUUUUAUCCAGGGACAAAGUAUGAGAUCGGAGAGGGCUUGUAUAUCGGCUGGUCUUCAGCCACACUUGCCAUUUGUGGAGGUGCAUGCCUGAUGUGUGCUUGCAAAGUCAACACACCCAAGGAAAAAAUUCCAUAUCCAUACCAACCAUCCUCCAGAGGACAUGUGCUGUCGAAUGCGGCAAUGUCUCAGUCUGUCCCCAGCAACUAUGGUAGAAACGCAUAUGUCUGAGAGGUGACUGUGUGGAAAUGAAAGCCAGCUUCCAGUCAAUUCACUAGAUUGAUGAACUAUGAGAGGCAGGAUUUACAAUGGAAAACAUCAUUGUAAAGCAUCAUGAUCACUGUAUAGUAGUUUAAGAUCAGCAACCUCGAUUUGAAAUAUUAGCUUUAUCCAAUCUAAACCC